CCGUCUCAACCGCAGUGUAUCUUUCCUUGGUGGCCUCAGAUCAAGUGAGUUAGCUCUGCUGACAAUGAGUGCAACUAUCUCUAAUCUCUCUCUGUUGCUCCCAGACAAAGUCAAACACAAAACCCUCCGAUAUCCAAGAUCACACUCUUCACUUGUUCUUCUUCUUCAUCACCGAAGCCACCCAAAUCGCAGACCCUGUUUCUGUGUCGGUCACCAAAGCCACCCAAAUCCCAGACCCUAUUUUUGUAUCAGUACUCAGCAGUCCGCGAUGGGACAAGUCCUCGACAGAUUACAAGGUAAGGAAUGGAGGCGAAACCAAAUCAGGAAGAUUACCGAUAAGGUGUUUGAUCAUUUCAAGAAUGAGAAUGGAACGGCAAAUUUGACUUUCGAGGAUGUCUACAUUGGUGUACUACUUGUAUACAAUGAUAUCAACAAGCAUUUGCCUGGCCCGCAUUUCAAUCCGCCCUCUAAAGAUUCUAUCAGGCUUCUGAUUCAGGAACAUGAUAUCAAUCUUGAUGGAGAAAUUAACCGGGAAGAGUUUGCCAAAUUGAUCAAGCAGAUGACUGCCGACACAUUUUGUGUUGUCAGUCGGGGACUGAUUGUCACAUUGGUUGCAGCACCAACAGUUGCAAUGGCGACAAAGAGGGCUACUGAGGGUGUACCCCAUGUUGGGAAGGUCGUGCAACGGAUACCCACUUCAGUUUAUGCAUCCCUUGUGACUCUUAUUGUCGUGUUGGUUCAGCACACACGUAAGGAGUUGUAAAUCCCCUUAUGGUUAUUAGCCAAGACCUUUUGGGUGAAGAUUUGUGUAUUUAGUCAGAUAGUUGUGGCUGACGAGUGAAGGAUUUAUAUAUAAAGGAGAUUGGUGCUUGAACUUAAGACAGUUAUGCUGGUAUAAUGGUAUUGAUGUUUUGUUCUCUGGUUUGCAAAUUGCAAUAUGUAAAUUACUUUGUUUAAAUUAUCAAUUUCAAGAACCAAGUAAGAUUAAUUUUGA